UGAAUCGUGAAAGAUGUUGAAUAUGUAUCUAGACCCACCUGCAAUAAUUAUCGCGCAGUUGCACUGAUUAGCACACUUCCUCCCACAUUACCAGGUUUGUUGAUUCAAGUCACUAAAAAGCCAAAAUUUUCUUGCUUCGGUAUCCUUAUCAGUUCAAUAAUACGCAUCAGCUCUCAUACGUAUGUUAUGUUUUUCCAUCAUUUGUGUCUUGAUAUUUGAUGGUAGCUUGUGUAAUUCGCGUACUCUUUAAUUAUGGUAAAUUUCAAAAUGCAUUUUAAACCUGUAAAUUUUGAUUUAAAUGUGCGAACUGUGACUUCCAUUGUUUUAUGGCUAGAUUUGAUCGUAUGUAGUUGUGUUUCACUAGUGCAUUUAUCUCAAGCUCAAGCCGAAUUUUGUUUAAAUAAAAGUAAAGACUGCAGUUUCCAUUUUCACAUCGUCGAAUGUCUGUUGACGAACGUAUUCGUUACUUUGAUUGCUCUAUAUGGAAAUCGACAUAAAAAACCAGCAUUGUUUUUUCCAUACAUCGUUAUCAAAGUCUUGUUCAUCAUCACGUUGGUAUUUUUAAUGAUAUACAGGGCAGAAUUCACACGUACUGAUUCGACAUCCGAGUUCCAUAACUGGUUACCUGCUCCUAUCGAUUUAGCUAAUGGAAUAGCUCUUUUUAUAUUUUUUGCGUUUCAAUUUUAUGCUGUUUCCGUGAUGAUUUUGAGUUAUAAGAAGACCGUUGAAAUAUUAUCAGCUUGUCGUCCUGGCAAUAAAACGUUCAAAUCGGUUGUAUCCAUAUGGAUUGGAGAUGAUUCUAGAACGAAUAUGAAUAUGCACAGUAAUGAUAGUACUUGUAUUAUUGAAACCGAAAGUAGAUAAUGUGUGUUAUUUUGUAUCGUGUUCCACGCUUGUAUAGCAUAAUUUUUUUUUUUUUUUAAUUUCUAAAUUUGCAGCGUAUUUAUUUCUUUUCAUUAUUGUAAAUACGAACUGGUUGUGUUCGAUGCUUAUAUGUUUUAAAUCAAAUUAUCAUUGAGAAAAGCUAUCAGCACGAUCAGCGAGUAUAUUUUUAUUAUUUUUGUACGGUUUCCUAUUUUUUCUUGCAUUUUUUUUUUCAACUUCAGUUUUAUGUAAAUUGUAAUUUGAUGAUGAGAAAUUUGAAAUUAUUUAUUCUGGUAUAUUCGAUGUUACUUUUGCAUUAAAUUAAGGUCCAAAAUAUGUAGAACUAAACAUGACUUUGAAUUUUUUUUUAAAUUUAAAUUUUAUUCAUCGUAAUUCGUAGUUGAUUAAUACGUCAUUUAGUAGCUAUAGCUAACAUUUAAAUGACAAUGAUGAUGAAAUAUCACAACAAAGUGUCUUUCUAAUA